UAGUCUUGCGUGGAUGGUGAAACCAUGUCCGAAGCAAAACAUUAACUCAUUAAUCAGUUUUGCUUUCUGUGUUUAAUUAUCACCAUCGUAUUUCAUAGCCUGUUUCUAUUAAAAUGUUUCUUGCAUGGCUAAAAUAUGAUGUAUUGAAGUACCUAUUUCCAGGGAAAACAUAUUACAGCAUCGCAAAGGAUUUGCAAGCAUUUAUCUCCUGUUGUUCAAUGUUAUGUCAUUCUGGAAUUGUGCGCAAGAACAACAGUCAUUCCCAUUCCGCCACAUCAUAGGCUACUUGCACGGUGAAAUAUUUUUUCAGUGAGAAGACAUAACGCGACGUUAAAUCGAGCCGUAGAAUCGGCGUCUUCGUUGGAGGGGAAGGAUCGAAUCACACCCGCUGUCCGGUCCCCGAAAGUACCAGCAACAAUUUCUUUCUGCGUACCUGUCCAUGAGGGCUGAUAGGAUGCAUCAUCACCUCCUCCUACUCCAGGUGUAGCGGGUUGGCUGCAGGACAUUAACCCAGAAUGAAUGAAAUGGAGCUGUCCAACUUCACCUUCCUCAAUGGCUCUGAGGGGAAUGACACUGAGCCGCUGUUGCCUGAAAGCCCAUACAAGACUGUGGAGGUGGUGUUCAUUGUCCUGGUGGCUGGCUCCCUCAGUCUGGUCACCGUCAUUGGCAACAUCCUGGUCAUGCUUUCCAUAAAGGUCAACAGGAAUCUGCAGACCGUCAACAACUACUUCCUCUUCAGCCUUGCAUGCGCAGACCUGAUCAUUGGGCUUUGCUCCAUGAACCUGUACACAGUGUAUAUUGUUAUUGGCUACUGGCCCCUGGGGCCCGUGGUGUGUGACCUAUGGCUGGCCCUGGACUAUGUGGUUAGCAACGCCUCGGUCAUGAACCUGCUCAUCAUCAGCUUUGACCGUUACUUUUGCGUUACCAAACCGCUCAGCUACCCAGUCAAAAGAACCACCAAGAUGGCGGGCAUGAUGAUCGCAGCGGCCUGGGUCCUGUCCUUCAUCCUGUGGGCCCCGGCCAUCCUCUUCUGGCAGUUCAUUGUGGGCGGCCGGACCGUGCCAGAGAGGGAGUGCUACAUACAGUUUUUCUCCAACGCCGCAGUCACCUUCGGCACGGCUAUUGCCGCCUUCUAUCUGCCCGUCAUCACCAUGUCGGUGCUGUAUUGGCAGAUCUCCAGAGCCAGCAAGAGCCGCGUAAAGAAGGACAACAGGAAGCCCUCCGGGGCCAACCAGGAGGCCCUGUCCCCCAGUCACGUGCGGAGCCACAUCAGCAAACCAAACAAUAACAACGUGGCAGCCGAGGACACGGACAGGAGCCAGGUCCAGAACACGGAGAGCCUAGCCAACCAGCAUGAUGGCAAGCUGCAGAAUGGCAAGGGCCCGUCCAACACAAGCGGGGAAGGGGAAGGGGAGGGGGAGGAAGGGGUGACAGAGAACUGCACGCUGGCCGAGGAGAAGGAAAGCUCCAACGACUCCACCUCUGGCAGCGCGGCCGCAUCCAACCUAAAGGACGAGGAGCCAGCGCAGGCCAGGAAAAAUUGCCAUGCCAAUGCCAAUGCCAUCCCCAGCCCACUGCCCACACGCACCCGGGCCAAGGCAGGGGGAUCCAAGCUGACCUGCAUCAAGAUCGUGACCAAGUCGCCCAAAGGUGACUGUUACAACACAGCCAACACCACGGUAGAGAUUGUCCCUGGUGCUGAGAAGCAGAACUUGGUGACACGCAAGAUUGUCAAGAUGACCAAGCAGCCGCCUAAGAAAAAGAAAGCCGCACCAUCGCGUGAGAAGAAAGUCACCCGCACCAUCAUGGCCAUCCUGGUGGCCUUCGUGGUCACCUGGACACCCUACAAUGUCAUGGUGCUCAUCAACACCUUCUGCUCCAGCUGCAUCCCCAACACCGUCUGGACCAUCGGCUACUGGCUCUGCUACAUCAACAGCACCGUCAAUCCUGCCUGCUACGCCCUCUGCAACGUCACCUUCAAAAAGACCUUCAAACACCUUCUGCUCUGCCAAUACAAGAACAUUAGGUCAGCCAGAUGAAUGGACAUAUACAGGUUUAUUCUCUUGUUUUUUUUUCUUCCUUUCCUUUCUUUAUUUUUCAUUUUGAUAUCCUGUUGUAGCACUUUACACAAAUGCAACUGCAACCAAGUGUGGAGAGUUUGGUUGUUGCAGACUUUUUUACCACAGUGCAUAGAAGAUGGCGGAAAGGGUAGAUUAAAAAAAAAAAAGAUCUUGAAACAUUGAAAAUGACUGAGACUGACGAGUCUGGAAGGUACAUCAUAGCAGGAAAAAACAAGCAUCAUCUUAUAAAAUAGCACAAAUAAAAGCAUGAAAGAAAAAAUAAUAUGAAGCACCAGGGAAACCUAUUUAUAACUGCUCAGAGGUGAUCAGUUUAUGCUCAUAUAUGAAGUGGAAUUCUGCAACGGCAGCACAACAUGUGUCUGCUGGAAUACAGCUGAGAGAAGCACAGACUGGUGAGUGUACAGAAAACCAAGGAACGCCAGAACAGAAUUGGAGAGGUUUGGAAUAGUAAGGGGCUUUCAAACAGGAAACUUCUGCACUGCUAUAUAAAACACAAAAUUCAAAAGGGAAAAUAGGGCUGACUGAAUAUACAAAUACAAGCCCCUGUGUUUGUUAUUCAGUAUAAAACGAAAUCCCUGUAUAUAUGUGUACAUAUCUUUAAAAAAAUAUUGUGCAUGUAUGCGUGUGUGUAUGUCUGUCCGUGUGGGUGUGCUUGUGCACUCGUAAGAGAGAGAAAUAUAGCGAAAGAUACCGAGAAAUCGUUCAAGAGUGUCUGAAACGAUAGAGAACUUUGUUUAUUGACUAUAUCAUUGGGAAGGUGGACAGGUAAUGUAAAGGUGAAUGUAGCUGCUAGCUUUUCUUCCUGCGGGGCCAACCUGUGCGCUAGCGUGACUUCCAGUCCAACAGCUGGCCAGUGCGCUUCCAGGAGCCCCUGUAGUGUAGUCACAUGCAGGUGCUGCUUAUGGUGACACACCUCCAGGGAUGACUCAUUCAGUUCUCUCAAAGGGACUGCCAGUAGUGAUGAAGAGAUAAAACAGCAUUUUCAAUCAAAUUUCUUUUUUUAAAGAGAGUGCAUUAGAUUCAGUGGUUUCAGACCAGUUUCACACUUCACUUUUCACUUUUAUUUCAAGAACAAAUGUAAUCAGCCAGAUCCUGUCUUUUGUAUUCAAUGUAAUUACAUAUGCGGUAAUGUAAAAAAAAUAAGUAAAUGAUGAAAAUCAGCAAUCAUAAAAUCUGCACAUGAAAAUCACAGUAGUGAUGAAGGAAUGAAGCUUCAUAGCAAAAUGGUGAAAAAAGCUAGUAUGUGCCAUGAGUAAAUCACUGAUUGAACUAAUAUUUUUUUAUUACACACAGCAAAUUCUUUUUAUUUAUUUACGUCAGUAAUUGACGCUAUAGGGUCCUGUAGCUACAUCAAUUGCAGGAUUCAUGACUCCUUAAUCUCCCAUCACUGUUAACAGGAAUCAUUUUGCAUAUAAUUAUUGACAUAAUUCUAUGCAGUUCUUGCAGGGGCGGCCUAGGGCAGCCAGGGGGUGUGUGGCGGGGGGGUUGCCAAAUGGGUCCACAAUUGCUUUUUACAGCAUACACAACCUAACAGCCCAUCCACCUACAGUAAGGUGGCUAGAUCUGUGUCCGAGGUUUUGUCCCAGACAUCAGAGUAACGGUGUAAGGUAGCUACUCAAUUCGUGAUUUUAGGGUUACAAUGACAAAUUACUCCCUGCAGGAAAAGGUUCUGCCUUUCUAAAAAAAAUUCAAGGUAGAUAUGUAGGCCCAAACCUAGAAAAGGAAAAAAAAUAUAUAUGAUGAAAAUAACUUUUCUUUAUUUUAUUGCUUUUUACAUUUUUCAGUGGCACAAAAGUGAUCACAGGAGGAUCACCAUCAGUAUCAAUAUUUACAUUUUUUAUGCUCUGUACUCUGAUGCCUAAGGCUUGUUUUAUUUUUUGUAACAUUUGUAAAUAACAGCAGGUGACAGGGUGACUUUUAGGCGCUUCAGGCAUCAGGUUUACCCCUGGAAUCCUUUUUAUAUUUCUGUGUGAAAGCUCAUUGUUUCUGUGGGCGCUUGGACUUCCACUUGGUAAAGAGAUGUUUGAAAGAGUUUCCUCUUCACCAGAGCUGACUCAUCAGAACGCUAGCUAUUCAUCAGAAAGUUAGCUCUUCAUUGAGGUAGGUCUUCUUCAGUGGCUGACAUUUUCCUCAGAUAGUUAACUCUUCAUCAGAGAGCUAACCCUUUAUCAGCAAGUUAGUUCAUCAUUAGAGAGAUAGGUCUUCAUCAGCGAGUGACCUCUUCAUCAGAGAGUUGACUCUAGAUCAGAGUUAGCUUUUCAGUGAUACAGACAGGGUGUACAUUCUGUUUUUGAACAGGAAUUUACCCUGGAAAGAUUAUGGCAAUAUUCUGUUCAUUCUCAAAAUGGACUGAAAGACACUACUGUUUAUACGCAAUAUGUACAUGCAUUUUGCCUCUGCCAGGAGGCGAUGUGAAAUGGGAAACUGUUAGUUUGAUUACAGUUCAAUAAAAUAUUAGUAGCAGAUACUGUAAUCAUGAGAAUCUGUAGAUAAUAUUAAGACAGUGUAUCAUAUUUUCCUGAAUGUGAAAAUAAUAAUUCAAUAUAAGGAGCACCUCUCACCUUUCUUAAAUCUCAAAAGCAAUGUGAAUGCAUGCUUGUGUUGUUACCCUGGUACAGGGUUAAUUCUUAUUUGCAGACUACACUGUCUGGUAAAUUAAAAGGGCUACUAUAUGUUGUUGCAUAAGGUGUUGUAAGUCUAGACUUAAUUUUAUUUUAUUUUUUAAACAAAAUCCUUCAUAUUACAUUCAUACCACAGUUUUGUAUAAAAAUGCUGUCAUUUCCAUGUGUACAUGAAACCCCAUUAAACCCAUCAGAUUUCAAUCUGCAGUCAUUUCAUUUUCAUCUUAUUUUCGUUUGCUAUCAAGUCCGUUGGCUUUUAUGGCCUUCAAAGAAUAAAAGCCUUGUUCAAAGAUAUUAGACAUUAAUAAUCACCUGCUUCCCACCGUAAGACCGUUCAGUUCUUUUGUUUCAUAGAUGUUCUUUUAAAAAGAUCUAUAUCGACGCCCGCAAAUAAACGUCAGUGAAAAAGACAAGCAAACAGAGUACAAAAGACUGGAGAUGAAAUGUAGCCAGCCAGCAAAGGGAGAAGAACAGGCUUUUCUCUUCUUCUCCGUCAGACUUUGGAGGUAUAGCAGGAAGAAAAGCUCUGCUUGAACUGAACUAUUAGAGUCUGAUGAGGAGCACCUGCAGGGGAGAUGAAAGGCACACGUUGUACACCCUAUCUACACACGCCGUGCCCAAGUUCUGAGCGACGUUCGCUUCCAUCUUAAUCCCAUUAGGCGUGACUCUCCGUACGUCUUAUCAUUGUUUAAGCAGGCAUGAACCUCUCUGGGUGAAUAUUAUAUUUGCCUUUCCCGUCUCCGUCUCUCUUCCUCUCCCUCGCACUCACGCGUACAGUCGCAUAUAUUGUCGUAUGUGAACACACGUGUAUACACAGAGGAAGAAUAAGCCGUUAUUUGAUUUUUAUCGAGCAUAAGUGGUGAAUUUAGAAGUUUAAAAAGCCCCAACGGUCAAUAAGGUGUGUGAUGCGGUCCCUUGGGCAGCUGACUCUGAAGCAAUAUGCGCAGUCAGGGGUUCGGUCCCCUGCCAUGGCACUUUCUGCACCAAGAUCUCUUUUCUGUCAGCUACCAUGUCUGCUUCCCUUUUAAAUACACGAACAUUGGAGGCAUCGUGUAUAUAAACUAUGAAAGAGAUAUAUACAUAUGAAACACAUUUAAUGAAUCGUCCACAAAUUUAAAAAAAAAUCAAGAACCUAGUACGUAAGCCUGUUGAUGCAGAGAAAGCCCAUCAGAGCUGCUGGUUUUGAGUAGGAAGUUGUAGGACGUACUGUAAGGGUACCAUCCUGCAAAAGCAUGUAAUUCAGUCCGCCAAUUGGACUGUACAAGUCCAGCACUGUUCGAGAAGCAUUUAUCCAAGUAUGCUACACAAGCAUUCGUCACUAUGAUAAGUGACCUGUUUCUGGAUAUCAUCUGUCAUACAUCUAAGAAGUUGGCUGCAGCUUCCCCGCUUUCUAAAAUGUUUGAUUAAUCUUUGACUAAGCUGUCGUGUGAGUGAUAAUGGUGCAGCUCUCUAGCGCAGCUUGGAGUCCGAUGGAGAUUUGCCACCGUUAGCUUGGUGUUUGGUGACAACUGACAGCCGCUUUGAAGAGGAUGAGGGUUUAGACAUCUUUAUCACCUGCUGCGAAAUGUCCGUGUUCAUAUGUUCAGAUGUACAACAGCAAGCCCUUAGAGUCUAUCACUGUGGAGAGUGCAUUGCAGGCUGCCGCUGAGUAAUGCACAUGCAAGCAGCGAGAAGCCGAAGGCUUGGCAGAGGGUCUGUCCUUCGAUUGUUACUGCAGUGAAACCAAAUGGGGAAAAGCAAAGUAACGGUAAUGGCGGGCUGAAGUGAAGAUGGACUCGGGUUUGUGCGACUCUCUUUCCCAUUCAGCUUCCCCCCAGUUGCCCUGCAGUGUGCAGCCUGACCUUUGUAGUUAUGGAAACGGAGGGGAGGCGUUUCAUCUGGGGGAAAUGCACAGCGGGUUGCGUGUCUUUGCAGAUAUCUCCGCCCGCAACGUGUUUACAAACUGGGGAUAUUCCUGGAUGUUGGGCCAAAGGUUGUUUGAGGUACCGUGCAUCCCAUUUGCUGUGGUGGAGAUUGUCUGAAUAUCAGACAAGCGGAAAUCUUCUAGCUGGAUUUGUUUGUGAUUGUUUUUCCCCACUGGCUGGCAUCUGUCUCACAUCCCCCAGCAAACAUAUAAACAUACAUUUCUUGCAUUGGUAAAGGGUCACGCAGAUGUAGACUGAUGGUAUGUACUUAUGUCAACCAAUGAUUUAUUCAUUCUGUCAUUAACAUUGUCCCUCAUCACGUCCAAAAUAAGGAGCAUCCACACAUGCAUGUCCAUAUUACCAUGUUUUUAAGGUGACACCUGGAGCACCUGAUUCUUUUUUUGAAAAUUCCGAAGGGCUAAAAACUUUUAUGUAAAAUCUAUUCAGUGGUGGUGAUAGCAUGUCAGGGGAAAUGUUUUUAUUUCGUGGCUCAAAAUAACAGGACGUAUAUAUAUUUUUAUACUAUAGGGUUUACAAGUAGUAUUUCAGAUGUAUCAUAUUUCCCCAGGGAAAGCAUAUUAAAUUAAGUAAGAAAAAUAACAAAAAAAAAUUAACUUAAUUCUCUGGGCCCCUUAUUUAUUUAUUUCAUCCCUGUUGCCACAAAUAGAAGCAUUUCCAAAGAAAUGACAAUAACAUGUGUGAAGAAUCAACUCACACCAGGGUCAGAAUUGACAUGUCAAGUGCCUUACAAUUUAAACUGCAUGCUUGCUUAAUGUUAAACUUUAAUGUGUUGAGUGCAGUGAUUCAGUACAUGUUGGUCUUCCGCAACAGUAUUUGCUGUUAAAAUCUGUAGAUGUAGAUUACUCGCCAUAGUUUGCAUUUGUAAGUGUAAAUACUUUCCUAGGUCACUUUGCUACUUUAAAUUUUAUUUAUCCAUACUGUAAAAUGGAAUAGCAACAAAUCUUUAUAGAAAUGCAUUAUGUAUAAGUCCUAAAAUUUAUAAGGCCUAAAAUUUCCUCCAUGCAAAUGCUUUUAUUUUAAAAAAAGAGUCACAGAUAUUUUUGCUUAUUUUAUUUUGUUUCAGUUUUAUUAUCAUAUGGUUAAGAUUUAAAUUUACAAUUUGAUCAAUUCUAAAUUUACAACAUGUGCUUUGAACCGAUCAGUAGUCUUCUAACUGUUUGGGUCAUCUCUGAAGGUGAUAGAUCACUCUCUCUAAUCCACAUGGGUGUGUGUCUGUGUGUGUGUGUGUGUGUGUGUGUGUGUGUAUGCGCGUGUGUGUCUGUAUGAGUGCCCACACGCGUGUGUGUGUGCGAGUGUGCACGCACAUGUGUUGUGCGUCUAUGUGAAGUGAAGGCAUCACUUGUGAUGUCAUGAAACUUCACCAAAAGAAAAGACAAAGCAGUGGCAGUAUGCAGACCGUUAAAGACCUUGGAAACACACUAAGUUGAUAUAAAAACUGUGCUCACACACUUCAGAGAAGUGAACUGUGUUUCCUCAUGUUGUCAAUUUACAGAACAUGUCUCAAAUGUCUCAAACACCUGGCAAAUGACAGCUGGAUGUCAUGUGGCCAAAGACGCUCAUUGUCUGAAAAAUAUCAGACAGUCAAAAAUGAAUCAAUAAAUAAAUAAUGAAGAUUUGUAUGUUCAGAAAACAACAUAAUUAUGAACACAAAUGAAAAUAAAUGACUUUGUUUUUUAAAAUUAUUUUAUAUAUCUCUAUGUCUGUUGUACUGUGUUGUAAAAACUGUAUAGUAAAAUAAUUAUGAUAGAUGAACUAACAUAACUCGCAAUGAACACUUAUGAAACUGCAAAUGUCUGAGCAGUGGGUUGGGGGGUAUUGCUUUCCUGUGGCCAGUGAGAAGAAUAAAGUAGCAUGUACUGCAACUCUGAUCAAAACACCACAGAGCGACUCAGCAGGUCCUAAAUAUACAUCGUCAGCGGAGAUCCAAGAAAAUCCAGACAGGUUGGAAAACCAGAGAAUGGAGCAGAAUGAAAGAAAGAGGAGGAUUGUGAGGGAGCAAUAACUGUUUCUUUCAGGGGCGGUCAGAGUAGAGAUGAAUAAUGACCUGGAAUUUUUCAAUGGGACUAUGGCAAGUUUUUCCACUUUCGUUGGUUUCUUUUGUUCCUCAACUUGCUCCAUAUCCAGCCUCAAAUAAGGUUCUCUACUGUCCGAGAGAACUUAAAUGCAUGCGGAUGGUGGUCGGGUGCAAGAGGAGCAAAAUCAAACAGCAGAAACACAAAGUAAUGGCAUACUUGUAUGUGCAGAUGAGCUCCAGGUACAAGAAAAGUUUCAGAAAUGGAGUUUAAAAAAAACAUUCACUAAAGCAUCCGGAAAUCAUUCAAUCAACCAUGUGGAAACGGAGGACAAGAGUAUAAUUUGGAAAUAUGACCACAGCUUGAGUCCAAGAAAGAUAUUUGCAUGUUUACCAUUUUCCAGGAGUGUGGAGAGUUUUGGAGGGACGAACUUAUUGAAUUCUCUUAACUUUCAGUUUCAUGCCAUUUAACAAAUGUUUCCCAGGAACUGGCCAUUGACAGGAAGUCUGGAAAUAAAGCAGGUUCUCCAAGACAGUCCAAUGUACAGGAUGUUCAGUUUGAGUUGCCUAAUGAUCUGUCCAUCAUCUUUGUGCCCUCAUCCACUGUGAUGCGUGAUUCCUCAUGCCGUAGAUAAUUGUUUGUUGACAGCAUAUUGUUUGCAUUGUAUAUAUAGUAUACAUUAUAUGUAAUACUUAUACAGUACAGUUGAAGUGUACAUAUAUGUGUUUGAUAGAUAUUUGAAUGUGCCCUGAUCCAUAUCCUGACCCCCUUCCCUGAUAUAUUUUCCAAUGUACAGUACUUGUUUUGAUUUAUUUUAAGGCUUAUUGGUUAUAAUUAGGAAAUUCUUGAGGAGGAUGAUUUGGGUAUCAAUGUCACAGACUUCUUAUGAAACUGUAUUAUGAAAUACAUUCAAUGGAUAUGUUGUGCCAUAUUCUUUGGAAAAGGAUUGAAGUAAAUACAAAAUAAAAUCACAUAUUUGUGAACAAUU